AUGAGACGGUUCACUUUGUCCCUGCUGGUCAUUCAGAGCUGGGUGCUCACCACCCUAGCAAUCCGGAAUCCCAUUAUCUCCGGAUGGAACCCUGAUCCUUCGAUUCUGAGCGUCGGGGACGAGUACUUCCUCGCAACCUCGUCAUUCGAGUACUGGCCGAGCACACCGAUCUACAAGUCCAAAAACCUGGCCAACUGGGAACUCUUCUCCCAUGCAUUCACCAGACCGGAGCAGCUUCAGCUAUAUGGAACUCCAACAGGUGCAGGUGCUUGGGCUCCCACGCUCUCCUACAUCAAUGGAAAAUACUACCUCGCUGCAAUGACGCGAUGGACAUACGACCCUGUCGCUCGAGUUUGGCCGCGAGUGAUGUGGGUGUCGUCCCACGACCUCAAGUCUGUGUACUUGAACCUGAUGUCCCCCAACAACAACAAGGACCGCAUCUGGGGAAUCUACCAGUGUGAAGUAGAUGUCGACAGUGGUCGCUGUAUCGGAGAGUAUCGCUCCAUGUGGAAUGGCACGCUCCCGCAUAAUGCCAGUGCUCGUCCUGAAGGCCCAAAGAUGUUCAAGCGGGAUAAAUGGUACUAUCUUCUCAUCGCAGAGGGUGGCACGGACGACCUUCACCGUGCCAGUAUCGCACGCUCCCUGUCUCCAGAAGGGCCUUGGGAUCCUGCGCCGCAUAAUCCAAUUCUUUUUAAUGGAGCGUACGGCUACGAUAACCUCACCGUACAAUCUACUGGCCAUGCGACCAUCUUCGAGGCCGCCAACGGCGACAGUUACGCGGUCUACCUCGCUCGACGCAAGAUCAACGGUUCGUCGCCUCUGGGUCGGGAGACCUUCAUGUCACCAGUCACCUGGAAGGAUGGAUGGCCGAUGAUCAAUGGCGGGAACCCAGUCCUGCUCAGUGAAUCCUUCGGUCCUGCGCCCGAUCAGAAACUACCACCGUCACGUUUCAUCGACGCAUUCAACCAGAAGAUGCUUGAUCCCUCAUGGUACACAUUGCGGACUCCGUACGCGCCCAUCUGCGACCUGGAGGACAGUGGUCGAAAGAAGUCUCAUGGAAUUGUCUUCCGACCGAACGUUUUUGGUCUAAGCGAUCGAGACACCCCAGCAGCCAUUCUGCGGAAGCAAAAGUCGCUGAACAUGACCUUUAGCGCGCAGUUGCUACCCACGACGUCCGGGCUGGGUUACGGUGAGACUGUCGGGAUCAGUGCCUAUUUGAGUGAGCUGCAACAUCAGGACAUCGGAGUGUCGGGCUGUGUGAAUAGCACCGGCAUGUGCAUCUUCACUCAGUUGAUGAUGAAUGGGACGAUUGAGUAUAAUCAGGUUAAGCUGAACUCGUCCUCGAUUCCGUCCGACCUGACACUCCGUAUCCGCGCGGAGCCCCUCUCCUACACACUUGGAUACAGCUUUGAGUCAGAUGAGACCAUCACCUGGCUGGCAUCGCUGUCAUCGUCUUGGUUGGCAUUCGCUCCAUCGGGUUGGUUUGUGUUCGAAGGAGCGAGUUUUGCUUUGUUUGCGACCGGCACUGGACAGCCGUGGCCGCCACAUGCGCCAGAAGUAGGGUUUUCACAGGUCACGGAGACAUACUACGACGAGGAUAUUCCUGAUUAUGAUCGGUGGUCCGUGUAA